CCUAGCCCCAUUUUAUGCUCAAAACGGCUAAUGUGAACGUGACCAAAUCGUCUCUCAACGUCGGGAACUGUGUAGAACUUUGGCGAACAGAGAAUGGAAGAUCGCACAAAAGCCCUCUGGAACCGCCCUGAAAGUUCAGGAGUCAUCACAGUCUCUCACGUAUAUAAACGCCAUCCAUGCCUCCGAUCAAGCAUCAGAAGAAAUCUGUUCAAAGUACCUAUCAUAUACUCUCAACGAGGCUAACUUAUCAGCUGUUUGGUUGACAUCGAAUCAAUGUCUCUGAUUCCAAGCAUCUUUGGAGCUCGCCGGAGCAACGUCUUCGAUCCAUUCUCCCUCGAUAUCUGGGUUCCGUUUGAAGGAUUCCCGAUCUCUAACGCCGUCGCCAACGCCGGUGGAUCGGCGAGCGAGACAUCGGCGUUCGUGAACACGCGCAUCGACUGGAAGGAGACACCGGACGCUCACGUGUUCAAGGCGGAUCUCCCGGGGCUGAAAAAGGAAGAGGUCAAAGUGGAGGUGGAGGAAGGGAGAGUGCUGCAGAUCAGCGGAGAGAGGAGCAGGGAGAAGGAGGAGAAGAAGGACAAGUGGCACCGUGUGGAGCGCAGCAGCGGCAAGUUCCUGCGGAAAUUCCGGCUGCCGGAGAAUGCUAAGGUGGAACAGGUGAAGGCGUCCAUGGAGAAUGGUGUCCUCACUGUGACGGUUCCAAAGGAGGAAGUGAAGAAACCUGAGAUCAAAUCCAUUGAGAUAUCGGGUUAGACUGCUUUGAAUCUGGGCAUCCGUUUUGUGAAUUUGGGAGAUAUAAUGAGCUCUGAUUGUGUUUAAUGAAUGUGUGGGCGUUAAUUUGGUAUGAAUGUAAUGUAAAAUUGUGUGCCUGCGGUCCAUUUUUAUCAAUAAAUUGUGUGUUCUUCACUGAGAAAUUUAAUCUUGUUUACUCAGAAAUUUAACUAAUACGAAGCACUGCCCCAUCC